CUUACAGUCGCCAUUUUAUCAUGUUAUAGUGACUGUCGCACAGCUGACCUGUCAUUGUGAAGUGAAAUUUCUCUGGUGAUUAGUGUUGGAAUUGGGGGUUUCCAGACCCCGUUAAGCGUCCAGUAAUAUUUAUUAAAAAUGAGUGUAAAAAUGGCAGGACAGACUAUAAACGAUAGGUUACUGGCUGCCAGGCAUAGUAUAGCCGGCCAAGGAUUGGCUAAGUCAGUAUGCAAAGCAACGACAGAAGAAAUGAUAGGCCCGAAAAAGAAACAUUUAGAUUAUUUAAUCCACUGUACAAAUGAGCCAAAUGUGUCGAUUCCACAAUUGGCUAAUCUACUUAUUGAGAGAUCACAGAACACAAACUGGGUGGUUGUCUUCAAAGCUCUAAUUACAGUUCAUCAUAUGCUGUGUUAUGGUAAUGAACGGUUUACACAGUACUUAGCCUCAAGCAAUAGCACUUUUCAACUGAGCAACUUUCUAGACAAGAGCGGAGUACAAGGUACCCGUGUUGGUUAUGAUAUGUCACCGUUUAUUAGACGAUAUGCCAAAUACUUGAAUGAGAAAGCAUUAUCUUACAGGACUGUGGCUUUUGACUUUUGCAAAGUUAAAAGGGGAAAGGAAGUUGGAACACUGAGGACAAUGAAUGCAGAGAAACUGCUUAAGACACUACCAGUAUUACAGAGUCAGCUGGAUGCACUCCUAGAAUUUGACUGUACGGCCAACGAUCUGAUAAAUGGAGUCAUUAACAUGGCAUUCAUGUUGUUGUUUCGGGACCUUAUUAGGCUUUUCGCUGGUUAUAAUGAUGGCAUCAUCAAUUUGCUAGAAAAAUACUUCGACAUGAACAAGAAGCAGUGUCGAGAUGCCCUGGAUCUAUACAAGAAAUUCCUAAUUCGAAUGGACAGAGUAGCAGAAUUCUUGAAAGUCGCAGAGAAUGUUGGGAUUGAUAAAGGGGAUAUUCCAGACCUCACAAAGGCACCUAGUAGUCUCCUCGAUGCCCUUGAGCAGCACCUAGCUUCUCUGGAAGGAAAGAAGGGAUCUGCAGCUAACACACCAACUCAAACUGCCAGCAACAGAACCAAUGUAAAGUCCGGAGUGUCCGCCCUGUCUUCCACCAGCACGGCGUUUGGAACGGCAGCAGCCAAUACUCGUCUUGACUCACAUACCAAUGGCAUUGAUGAGUCACUGAAACAACAGGUGCUUGCCGAGGAAGAAGCAGCCAUGAAUCAGUACAAGGCCAAAGUGUCGUCUCCUACCAGCAGUGGUGGACCUAGUACCAAUCCAUUCUUGAGUUCUCCAACAGCAGCAGCUAGCAGCACUGCACAACCCAUUGUUGAUCUGUUCGGAUCUCUGCCUGCCACAGCUGAUGCACCUCAGUCAACUAAAGCCUCCGAUGACUUGCUGCAGCUGAGUGCCAACCCGUUUGCUGACAUAUUCUCAACUCCACAACAAACUGCUUCUGUCCCAGUAGCAAGUGCUACAUCUGACAUGUGGUUGUCCAAUGGUUUCCGGGGUGUUCAGCCUGCUACAAAUGCAUUUGUGUCAGACCAAAAUUUUAGUUCUGUCUUUGGAGGAACAGAGACUGGUUCUGCUGCGUCUGCUGGGAUGGCCGCUCCGAAUCCCUUCAUGUCCGACUUUAGCCCAGCUCCUGGUGGCCAGCAUGUGACCUCAUCUUCUGCAGUUGGGGGUGGGAUGGGAUUGUUCGAGGAUCAGGGCUUAGGCAAUGCAGGCCAAAUGAAUACUGAUGCUUCCACUGAUCUCUUUGGUGCCAACUUUAGUUCUGUUGUGGGUUCUGCUCAGGGACCCGCAGUUGGCAGUCAAGGGACAGAUUUGUUUGGGGAUGUUUCUGGAAGUGAUGCCACUAUCCUUCAGCCAACUGAAACAUCAGGCAUCUCUUUAGGGUUUGAAACUGGUGUGGGAGAUAUAAAGACAGGCUCGGGUAAUGAGGAAACUAAGGCAGUGGAUGGUGUGAGCAUCAGUGAAGGGUCAGAGAUAGGGAAACCUCAACAGCCAUUCUCAUCAUUCCCUGCUCCUGUACCCCCUGCCCCAGCUCCUUCUCCUGUGAUGCCAUCUGGUGCUAAUAAGGUGACAUCACCACCCCCACCUCGCCCUCCACCACCCACCACAGGAGGAACACCUCGUGUCAUGUCUCCUGGCCCUCUGAGUGGGUCCCCGAGUCGUCCACCACCAGCUUCAGCUGCAUCCAAGAGCGCAUUUGAUGAUUUGAAUGAUAGCAUCCGAGCCGCAUUGGGCAGCUCACCGACUAGACCCCAACCAUCUGCUGGUGCUGCCACUCAAGUACCUGGACAGGGUGUGGUACCAGUUCCAGCAUAUAUGGGUGGAGCUGGUAUUGCAGGGUUUGGGGGGUUUGACAUGCCCCUUCAGGGUCAGCCGGGAGCGGUAAUCCCACAACAGCCGCAGGCUAUGAUACCAGGGGGAGGAGGGAUGGUGUUUGGUCCGCCUGGUGGCACUCCUAUUGGCUAUGGUUCUCCAGCAAAGCAAGGAAUAAGCAUGACAGCACCUGUAGGCACAGGGACUGCAGGAGUUGCACAGACUGGUGAUCCAACAAGUGGGAAGGUGUUAACCGGUGAUCUUGACAGCAGUCUUGCUUCCCUUGCGCAGAAUCUCUCCAUCAACAAAGGUGGUCAGGCAACAGUGAAAGGUGUCCAGUGGAAUUCACCAAAGAAUGUGGUGAAACCUGGUACUGCUGGUUGGACUCCACAACCAAUGGCUGCCACGACAGGUGCAGGUUACAGGCCCAUGGGCCAAGGAAUGUCCACCAUGAAUGUCCCUGUACAGUUCCCACCAUUGCAGCCGUUGGGAAUACAAGGUAUGCAGGGCAUGCGGCCAGUGGGGACAGCACCCAUGAUGGGUGGGGCAGGGAUAAUAGGUGGUGGUGGCGGAAUGAUGGGAAGCCCCAGAGUAGGGAGCACACCUGGUUUGGUGGGGCAGCAACCCCUAGCCUCACAACCUCCAACUCAACCACAGCAAGGGGCUCAAACACUCCCAUUGGAUCCAUUUGGAGCACUGUGAACCUCAUCUCAGGGAGGGAUCUAGGACUUUAAAUGGAAUUGAGGCCAUCUGUAAAUACUAAAAAAAAGCCUCCAGUGGUUACAUAAUGAAAUUAAGAUAUUCUGCAAAGUAGUCAAAGAGUGGAAAGUGACUAGCAGUUUGUUUCUAUAAAUAAGACAGUUUGCCCUUUCCUGUAACAUACAUUGUUCACCUUGAAAGAAGGAAUCCAAGGCUGUGGCAUAUAAUAUUUUUGUCUCAUGGCUAUAGUGCUUAUGAAUGUGUUGUUGGCAGGUUAAUGAGGAAAGGUCUCAAUUGAGCACGAUCCGGAGGGUACGCCAUAUUUUUGUGUUCAGUCUUUUGAGUCAGAAUGUUCAGUUAAGUGAGGAAACUUCUUUUUUUUCCAGCAAUAAAUAUUCUAUAGAAAUCAUUCAGCAAAGUUCAUCUGUCAGGUUAUCCAGCCAUGUUCUGCUAUAGAAUAUGUAAUUCACCAUUGAAUUUAAGUUUAUAUUAUGUUAUUUUCUUGUUAUUCUUUAGUGACUCAUGAGGAAAUAUAGUUUUCUAUCUAGUUACAGUGUUGACUUCAUUCCCUUAAUACUGCAGUCAUUAAUGUUUUAUAUUACAGGGUCUUUUUUGGCAUGACUGUUUGCAAAUUUAUAAGAGGGAUCUUUUAUGUUUGAAUGACACAAAGUUAUUGUUGCACAAAAUAAACUGUGUCCUCAUGAGACAUAUUUUGUUGCUCUCUUUUUCUAAGCUGUCAUUUGAAACAUGACAGAACAGGGUCAGCAGUCAGCUGUAUUUGAUAGGUGAUGGCAAAAUGUUGUUUCAGACAUCAUCAGUAGCCAGGGUGACAGAAAUUAUUUAAAUAAGUAAAAUAUGCAUGUUUUGUACAAUUGAUGUUUCUCCAUCAGCCUUCAACUGCAGUAGCCACGCAUUGGUGAUAUUCUCUUAUUUUGUGGUAGUACGUGAUGUUAUUUCACUGCUCUUGGCUAGUUACUCAUAUGCCUGGCACAGUGCAGUCUGCGUAGUCAUGUAAUACAAUGCGCAAGGAUUUUGAUUGCAAUAUCACCAUCAAAUAUAUUCGCUAUGGCAAGAGCCGUCAUGUAUAGGAAAGAGAUAUGUAUAUCUUAUAACUUCAGAAGGAUACUACUGUUCCAAGAGAAGAUAUCAACUGAUACUCAUUGCACACACAUCAGUAAUGUCAUUAAGUUUGAUUUGUUUGCAAAAUCUAAGUUUGUUCUUGUUUUAAUUCGUGAAUAAUGAGUUGGUUAAAAGCUUUUGCUUGUGUAAAUUACAUGGAUGAAUGUUAUUCUUCAAAGCAAUAACCAUAUAAUUUUUCUUUUCCUUGCAAGUGAAUGCCUAUUAUUCUUCAUUUAUAUCUAUUGUAUGAAAGAGUUUUACUCAUCAAAAAAUAAACAGCAGCUCUUAAAGUUGCAUAAUUUGCAUUAUCAUCUAUUGAAUAACUGGUUUUCGCAUAUUACGCCAGUGUUUUAUGUUAGGCUGCUAUGAGUGGAAGAUAAUAGGCGAACUUACUUCGUGCCUGUGCCUUCCGCAAUGCCUGAUAUGGACUGUAAUGUAUAGUAGGGCUGUCAGAGUGAUGCAUUUAUCAAUCUGUCGCAGGCAGAAAUUGUAUUAUAAAUAUGAUCUAUAUAUAUAUAUAUGUUGAACAAAUUGAGAAAGUGGUAUGUAUAAAAAGUAAAAUGUUAAAUGUUAAUUGUAACAAGACAAUAUUACUAUUAUGGUGUAAAUGUUACAAAUUCUAUGCUAUAGUGAAAUGUCCCAUUUUAGCUCUGGCGAGAGUGUUGUAUUAUAGAUUAAGACGGUAACUGCUUGCACUGUAUCAUAAUGUUCCUGCACUUCAUGUUAAAAUAUGUAAUGACCAACGGAUAGCCCUUGGACAAGAUGUGAAGAAAAAGUAUUUGGUGAUAACUACAAGCAGGUUUAACGUUGCUAAUAUCAUCUGGUGAUUUACUGUGUUAAUAGUGAAAGUUCAGAUUAUUCUGUUGUAGUUUUCCUGUUCUCUGGUUGUUGACAUUCCAGUGUGGACAUUAGAAGAAGACAUUACUUGAUUUGCUGUGACUCCUAAGUUAUUCUAAAUCGUUAAAAUUACGUCAAUGUUGUAUAGUUACACUAUAACCUCAAGAGUAUUUGUACCAUAUUUCAAAUUUGUUUGAAGCCGUAUGUAAUUUAAAAUGUUAUUUUUGUUUAGUAGACGCAGUUCUCGAGUAUCAUAUUUAUGAAUUGUCACCGUGUCGCAAAAUAAUUGAACUAACAAAUGUGCACAUUGUCAGAACCAAGUUGCUAGUUAACUUUCAUCUUGUGGGCUUACUUUAUUGACUGUAGAAUAUAUGUUUUGUAUGUACACAUACUAGUUUUGCCAUCAUGUUUCUCAUUUAUGGAAAGAGAAAUUGCUGUGGGUUUGGACAAGAGUAAUGGUACGUCCUUAAAUGAUUUAUGUACCUUUCUUUCAGGUGCAGGUCUACUAGCCUCAAUACCUGUAGUAAUGAAUUUAUAUUUCUGUUGGUUUCAAAAUUCAUGAUAUUGCAGUGUUUAAAGGGAAGCGUAGGAAGGUAUCCAGACCCAUAGUGAAUAUCAGGUUUAACAUUGUUUCAGUUGUGUUCAAAACUGGUGGUAAUGAUUCUCCGAUGAUUUAAAUUGCACAUGUGCAUCUUUUAAAAUAUAAGGGGCAACAUAAAUUGUUUUGAUAAUCCAUUUUCAGAUACUUUGGUUGUGGAAGAUUUGGUUUACAUAGGGAAUGUUAAUUGGUAUAAUAUUUGAGUCUGUAGAAAGAAAUUUUUCUGCCAUCAAAAAAAAGAACACGCCUGAAACAAGAUGAAGUGCAAUAUUGGAGCCAGCACAUCAUCUUCAGUUGAUAUAGACACUGCUUAACACUUGUCAUGUAUGAGGUUACAUUACCUGCACUGUUCUGGCACCAAAUGAAUGUCAGAAGGAUUCUUUGUGGAGAUGUCGAGUGUUUCCAUUGUCAUGUAUUUAUUGCCAUUUUUCCCCACACAAAUCUGAACUGUGUCAGUAAGCAUCAUUUUAUUUUAUUUUCAUUUGUUAAUAUUUGAGAAAACGGUGAAUAAAUGUAUCUAUAUAUAUCUGCAACACAUGCAGAGUAGAAGAGA